AUGGAAAACACCGAAAACAUAGAGCACAAUGCUGCCAUAGGUCAAGAUGGGAUCUCCGAGUCUAGAUUUUUCGUAAUUUUUGAGAAACUAUCGAAAAUCACUCGUUUCGUUUUUUUUUGGAUAAAUUUUGCUACUCCAUUAUUGUUUUAUUUAAAAGAGCAACAUCCAAAAGUUGCCAUCUUCGAAUUGGCGCGAAAUGGCUUAACUUUGGCAGCGGUCCCAUUUAUCUUAGUACGUAAUUUCAAUGGAUUAUCAAAGAAGCAAGAGCCAAAAAGAUGUUCAAAAGCCAUAUGUUCUCGCUGUGCUGCUAGGAAGCACCAUCCUAAAUGGUUCUCUUUCAAAUUUUGCUUAAUUAUGAUGGUGCUGCCCUGUUUCCCACUCUAUUCGGCUUUUAGAAUCAAUUUUUUCUUUAGAGAUAACCAGACCAUUGAUCUAUACCGAUUGUUCCAACUACUCGGCUGGCAGAUUAGUGUAAUUGUUAGUGUGAAUAUAACCACUUUUUACUACGAACAAUUCCAGUCGCAUAAUGGCCCUCUUGAAGUGAGUAGUGACGCCUUUGAAAGGGAAGCUGUAGUCGAGAGCAAAAUCGUUUAG